AUGACAUUGGCUCUCAAUUCAAAAAACAAGCUUGGCUUUGUGAAUGGUUCAAUCAAAGCUCCAACACCCGAAGCUGACCCAGAAGGAUAUGCGACCUGGUCAAUGUGCAAUGACAUGGUCCAUUCAUGGAUCGUUAACACAGUAAGUUCUGAAAUUGCUGACAGUAUAAUCUACUAUCCUACAGCUCAUAAGGUAUGGGAAGAUCUAAGUGAGCGUUUUUCACAAGGCAAUGCACCUCGCAUAUUUGAAAUUCAGCGAGACAUCACUUCACUCAGGCAAGAACAACAAUCAGUUUCAGCAUAUUACAUGAAAUUGAGAAGUUUAUGGGAUGAAUUGGCAUCCUAUUCAGAAGCAUCACAAGGAGCACAGGCAGAUCAACAAAAGCUCAUGAAAUUCUUGAUGGGAUUAAAUGAGACUUACAGUGCAACCCGCGGUCAAAUCCUCUUGAUGAAUCCCCUUCCAAGUGUCAGACAAGCAUAUGUCGUCGUUGCCCAAGAAGAAAAGCAACGUUUCAUUGCUGCAGUAGAGUUCAGUUCAAGUGUCGCUGCCAUGGUUGUCCGAAGUGGCGGCCGGCCAAACCAAUUCGGCAGCAGAGGCCGUCAUGGUGACCGACCGAAUUUUCAAACCGGUUGGGUUGCAGAACGCGGCUUCACCGUUACUACGACGGGAAUAGUAGAAGAGGUGAAUGGACCAGCAAUUACUUUAUCUGAAGCCCAAGUCAAGCAGUUUUUAGCUGCUCUCCAUCAAGCCCAAAAGCCCAAUCCAAAUACUGGCUAUAGUUCCAAAGCUAAUGCUGUAACGCAGCCAGGAUCUGGUUACGAAGAGGACGAUUGGUUGGGUCUAGAUGUUAGAUUUCAUAAAGAUGUGUUUCCUUAUGCCUCCACUCAGCCCACUCUUCCUUCUGCACCGUUGGCCCAUGACCCAGGCCCACUUCCACUUCUCACUGAUUCCCUUUUUUAUUCUAGUUAUGACUCCCAGGUUAACCUGCCCACGCCUCCUUCUUCUUCUCCACCUGCCCGUCCUUCCAUAGACGCCGAUCUUGGCGCUUCCUCUAUACCGCCUCCGCCUCCUCCUGUCCUGCCCACAGCGUCUCUUCAUCAGUAUUCCCGCCGACCCAAGCCUCCUGCCCCACUGCCCCUCGCCCCUCCUCCUUCGACUUUCUCCACCCCUGUUCCUACCCCCCUGACGUCCCCUGUGCCAGGAUGGUAA